GAAUAGACAUAGCCCGUUCCUACCAUUUACAAACGCUAUUGACUUGUUGUUUGAUAAUGUGUUAGUGUUCUAAAUUAUUAUUUUUAAUAAACAAGUUUAGUCGAUUUGAAUAACUUUAUAGUUGAAGAUUUGUGUAGAAAAUUGGAAAAUUGUGGUUUUCACUUCAAAUAAAUCUAACGUUGAGAAGAUCAGUAUAAGCCAUGACAGAUAACCUGCGCAGGCGCAAGAAAGAGCCAGAGAAACAGAACGGCACUGCGAAGUAUGGUGACGAGAAGACACCAGACACGGAGUUCGCAUUGCGCGAGUCUCCGCUGACGCUGCUGCUGCAGAGCUCCCCGCACGUGAAGGUGGUGUAUCACAUCUUUGUGGUGAUCCUCAUCAUCCUGCUGCUGGACACGGUGGUCUACGACCUGGUCGAGAAAGGAAAGAUAAACAUUGGGUUGAGUGUAGUCAAGUAUGGAUUCGGUGACAUAAAGCGAGGGUUCAAGCUGUGGCUGUUCACACUGACGGUCACUCUCGCAUUUUAUCCGGGAUUGAGAAUAUACGCAGGGGGGCAGAAUUAUGUCCGAAAACUACCUGCAUUGCAUCGGAUAUGGAAGUAUCUAGGAAUAUCAGGACUGGUGGGUCUUCAGGGAGCGCUUUUGGGUGUGACUAUUUGGGAUCUAGGCAGAACACAUCUCGAAAUUGCAUCAUCAGCUGCUGUUACAUUAGAAAUGUUCCGCCUUUCGAUGAAGAUACAUGGCAUCGCAAUGGCCUGUAUACCCAGACUUCAAAAUGGACGCACGCCUUUGCCCACUCUCAAGAACUUCAUCUAUUACCUGUUUGCACCUACCUUUAUAUAUCGCGACGAAUAUCCCAGAACAAAGAAGAUUAGGUGGGGACUCGUAGUGUUCCAUUUCCUGGAGGUUGCUGGCGUUGUUUUCUACAACAGCUUUCUGUGGGAGCGGUUUAUUCUACCGUAUUGGUCUGACUACGGUAAGCAAACAAAGGUGGAAGCAGGCAUGAUAGUGAGAGGAUUAUUCGGGUGUGUGCUGCCGGGUGUGAUCUCGUUCCUGUGCGGCUUCUACUGCGUCCUGCACGCCUGGUGCAACGCCUUCGCGGAAAUGAUGACUUUCGGGGACAGGCUCUUUUAUGAGGAAUGGUGGGUGACGUCGCAGUUCUCCCGGUAUUACCGCGCGUGGAACCGCGUGGUGUACUCGUGGUUGCGGUGCUACAUCUACCGACCGCUCGUGCCGCAGGCCGGCAGGGCCGUGUCCACCUUCGUCGUGUUUUUUAUUUCAGCUAUGGUACAUGAAGUGAUACUGGCUCUAGCUUUUGGAUUCUUUUACCCAGUGCUGCUCUUAGAAUUUGGUGUUUUUGGGCUCUUAUUCUUGCCCAUCACAGCCUACGCAGGGAAACGAUUCCCAAAUGCGCUGAAUUUAUUUAUGUGGUUCACGUUCUUCAUUGGAAAUGGUAUUCUUUGGAGUCUAUACCCGAUGGAGUAUUUCGCCCGCAAAAACUGUCCACCUUCAGAUAACGACAGUUUCUUUAUUCCCAAAUCUUGGUCCUGCCCAGAAGUCGUACUUAAACCCAACUGGACUUUCCAAAACCCUUUUGACUUAAUUUAUUAACCUCUCAUUGUAUCUAACAGAAAAUUAUUUAGUUAACAUAUUGAGGUACCCUACCUACUUAAUUUAUAUAUCAACGAAAAUAAAUACUAAGUGUCAGUAAGUAAAAAAAAUAAAGAAAAACUUCAAGAUAUGAUUAAAAUUGUCACUUUCA